CGUGAAAACACUAAGAACCUGGGUGCAGAAUAGUUGUCCGCAAAGCGGCCUCAAUUUAGAACUGUCAAAGCGGAACCAAUUUACUGUUUGGAAAAUGAUGCCAUGAAUUGGCAAGUAUUGUAAUCGAUCUUUAAUUUAUUUUGUCAGGAAUAAAAAAGUCGAGGGCGUCGAGAGUUUUGAGUCAGUCUUAAGAAAAGGGAUGAAAUCGAGAUUGUCUUAAUUUGUUGCUAACAUUUCCACUCAAAACCUAUGUUUACAAAUUGUUUAAGACGAAUUAUCAGUAACUGUGAAUGGCACCUGCCAAAUAACAUUGAAUAAUCUUACUCCUGUAUUAUCACUGCGCUUCAAAGAUACAUAAUCUCGUAACUUCCAUCCGGUUGCUCUUCUGAUUCACGAAAUUCCCCCACUUCUGACGCAAUAUUUCAUCACGUUAAAAACAAAGAAGGACUCUUUUAACCGCCCAUCGUUUAGUCUACAAAAAAGCACGAAGAACUUAAUUUUCCACCGAAAACUUUAAUAUGUAUCAUCAGAUCCCAAAUGUUUCAAAAUGAGUCACUACAACAGCAAAAAAUAUGUCACGCUUGAGCUUGAACAAAGCCUUCUACUUUGUUUAUGUUUACAUCUGUAGUUCAGUUGUAUAAGGGAGGAGCAGUGGGGAUCAUUCGGAAAUCACGUUACGCAUUCUGUCUUUUCAGCACCCAGCUAAGAACGAUAAGCAAACUUGACAUUUCGUAAACUUUUAAACGUUUAACAAAAAAAAAUGAAGAACAUAAUGAUUUGAUUCAAAUCACGGUCAUAAGCACUCUGAUAGCACUUUGCUGUAAAAACGACAAAGUUUUAUAUUUUUUAUUCUCAAAUAUAUUAAAUUUAAUUUAUCUAAAUAAUUCAUUGACAGUUUUUUUACACCAUGGUGUCACCUGUUCUACUUCGGGGAGAGACUGAUAAUCUUAAGCUCAAAGCCGAUUACCUUUCCAGCUGGGACCUGUCCUAUCUCAAGUUCUGCUGCAAGGCCCAUGGCAUUCGUAGGGAACUGUACGCCUGUCAAACCAUCGCCGUCGUCAGCCUCACCGAUAUCAAACGCUGCUAUCCCCUGGGCACCGUCUUCGAGGAUCACUUCCCAAACAAGACCAUGUACUCGCAGCUAGCGGUGAAGCAUAUCAGCCAGACGCGCCCACAGGGCAAUCCAUCGCCGAAGAACGUCAUUCAACAAACCGUGCGGAGUUCGGUUCUGCAGCCCGCCAAUACUACAACCACGAAGGCCACAAAUCAGCGUCAUCAGGCCCUCAAACCGCACAACGAAAACCAGCAAGCGACCAAGCGCCCACAGGUCAAUCCAUCGCCAAAGCAAGCCGUGUGCAAUUCCGCCGACGAGGCGCUUGCUGUGCGGAGUCACGCAGGCCAGGUUCUGCAGCCCGCCAAUACAACCACGAUGACCGACAACGACCAGCAGGAGUCCGGGCAAGGUCCUUCCAAUCGGGCGGUAUCCGUCAUUAUGCUCGUACAGAGUCCUAUCAAUCCGCCGCUGCAGGAGUCCUGGCUUCAUUCCGUCAUUCCGCUGCAAGAGCAGCUCCAAAAUAAAACCUGGAAAGAACUGGACAAAUCGCCGUCGUCGGUCAGGCAGCGCUCGCAUCUGCCGUUGCCGUCAUCGUCGGCUGAGUCCCCCCGGAGCAGGUCACCAGUAUUCUCGCCGUCGCCGGUCAGGCAGCGCUCACGUCUGCCGUCGCCGUCAUUGUCGGCUGAGUCCCCCCGGCGCAUGUCGCCAGUAUUCUCGCCGUCGCCGGUCAGGCAGCGCUCACGUCUGCCGUCGCCGUCAUCGUCGGCUGAGUCCCCCCGGAGCAGGUGACCAGUAUUCUCGCCGUCGCCGGUCAGGCAGCGCUCACGUCUGCCGUCGCCGUCAUUGUCGGCUGAGUCCCCCCGGCGCAUGUCGCCAGUACUCUCGCCGUCGUCGGUCAGGCAGCGCUCGCAUCUGCCGUUGCCGUCAUCGUCGG